CCCAGUGGCCAACAUCAUAAACUUAUAUGGGGAUCCUGACCCCCUCAACGUGCCGGAGCGGGUGCUAUAAAUGCCCCAGAGUUAUAGCUGCGCUACCUAGUCUAAGCUAUAUCUUCCAACUGAUAUGUCGGCCACAAUUUCGCUCGUCGCAUGCGUCCUGAUCGCGUUCUAUCUGUGGAUGCGGCACCGUUUCUCCUAUUUCAAACGUCGCGGCAUUGCGCAUGAGGAUCCCCGGCCAGUGUUUGGCAACAUUUUGGGCUGGCGAAUCACCCAGCACACCUCGCAAAUGCUGCAGAAGCUUUAUGUGAAGUACAAGGACUCUGGUCCAUUGUUCGGCAUAUAUUUCUUCAUGAAGCCCGUGUAUGUGGUUACGGAUAUGGAUCUGUUGAAGCAGAUCUUCAUCAAGGACUUCAGCAACUUUGACAGCCGGGGUCUGUUCUACAACGAGCAGGACGAUCCCCUGUCGGCGCAUCUCUUCGCCAUCGACGGUCCCAGGUGGCACAAUCUGCGGCCACGCCUAACGCCCAUCUUCAGCGGAGCAAAGAUGAAGCUGAUGUUCCCAUCGGUGCUGCGCAUUGCUCGCGAGCUGUGCAGUGCGGUGCAUGAGCGGUGUGCCGGACACGUUGCCGCCAUGGAGGUGACCAAGCUGCUGGCCUGCUACACGAUGGACACCAUUGGCAGCGCCAUCUUCGGCCUGGAGUGCAACAGUCUGCGCGACGCCAAGGCGCCCUUUGUGCAGAUGGGCCUGAACGCCAUGCUGAAGAAGCGCAUCGACUACCUCUUCUGCAUAUUCUUUCCAGAGCUCAGCCUCAAGCUGCACAUCAAGCGGACGCCUGCCGACGUGGAGGCCUUCUACAUGCAGCUGGUCAAGGACACCAUCAGCCAUCGGGAGACGCACAAUAUUAGGCGCAACGAUCUCGUCGACAUCAUGGUGGAGAUGAAGCAGAAAUACGAGCGAGGCGACACAGCCGAGGGCCUGACCAUCAACGAGAUCGCCGCCCAGAUGUACGUCUUCAUUGUGGCGGGCUUCGAGACGACGGCCACAGCUCUUGUCCUAGCCCUGUACGAGCUGGCGCGGCAUGAGGACAUUCAGUGCCAGCUGAGGGAGGAGAUUGAGGAGGUCAUUGCCAAUUACGGAGAUAACGGAGAACUCACCUACGAGGCCAUGCAGAAGAUGAAAUACCUCGAACAGGUGAUGUCGGAAACCCUUCGCAUGUAUCCCGUCGCCUCGGAGCAUCUGCGCCGUGUCAAUGCGCACUAUGAGGUGCCCAACUAUCCCAAGCACUAUUUACCAGCUGGAUCGCAGCUGAUCAUACCCGUCUACUCCAUACAUCAUGAUGCGACCUAUUACCCGGAUCCGGAAAAGUUUCAGCCGGAGCGCUUCACCGACGAGGCCAUACAGCAGCGACCCACCUGUGCCUACCUGCCCUUCGGCCAGGGGCCUCGCAUCUGCAUUGGCAUGCGGUUCGGCCGCAUGAAGCUGGCCGUGGGCCUCAUCACGCUGAUACGCAAUUUCCGCUUUAGCCUAGCGCCCGACACCCCGCAGCCGAUGCAGUUCAAGAAUCACUCAUUCCUGCUGCAUCCCAAGGAAUUCCGGCUGCAGUUGGAGCCAUUGAGCUAAGAGCCACGACUAGAAUUUCCAGUUAACUAAUUAUUUAUUUUACCAUUCAUAUAUUUUUAUAAUUUUGCUUUAUUUUUAUACGUUCCUCUAAUCAUUUACGAUAGAUAAGAACAAAACAAUCGUAAUAUGUACUAUAUUUAGCAGCCAAACUGGUUUAACAUGAAUGUUGAUAAUGAAAUCAAA